GACAUGUCGAUAUUUUUCGAUCACACGAAUACCUUAUCCCGUAUUGUCGGCGGUGAACCUGCCGGCCUCGUUCCCUACGUGGUAGCUCUAGUCUACGGCGCCGAUGUCAGGAACCUUAUCUGCGGCGCCUCCCUGGUCACCACAAGACACGUCUUAACUGCCGCUCACUGCAUCGAAGCUGUGCUCUUCCCUGACGGGAGUCUAAUCAGCACUCUUCGUGGUUACGUUGGCACAAACAGAUAUGACAGCGGUGGUACUCCGUACAAUUUGACGGAGGGUAUCAUUCAUCCCAACUACGACGAUGAAUUACUUAAAAGUGACAUCGGCUUCCUAGUUACUUCAUCUGACGUUGAAUUGACUGACAGUGUGUCCCUCAUAGCUCUGACCUUCAGAUUUAUUAAUGCUGGCGUCAGAACCAGUGUCACAGGAUGGGGAAGCACAGGAACGGGUCUUCCUUUGUCAAAAGAACUCCUGCAAUUGAACGCCAUUGUCGUAGAUGGAAACGAAUGUGUCACUCUUGUCAAAGAACGGUCUAGUGAAUUGGAUAUAGAUUAUGUUCCACCUGUUGAUCCUGCAUUAGAAAUCUGUACCUACACGAACGACAGAGCUGGAACUUGCAACGGCGACUCAGGCAGUGCGCUGGUGGACCGCAGCACCGGCGAGCAAAUCGGUACAGUGUCCUGGGGCAUACCGUGCGCGCAAGGCGCUCCCGACAUGUUCGCACGUGUCAGCGCUUUCCGCGAAUGGAUUGAAGAAACCAUCGCCUAACUGCACCGAAUUAAUCUGCUGAUAGAUGUCACUUCGUCGUCUUCAUGAGUCUCAUUUCUAAAUCUGAUUUAAUGAUUAGAAAUAUGCCACAGAUUAUUAUUUGUAUUUUUACUUUCUUCUUAUUAAACGCUCACCGAUAGUGUA